UCUCAGCAGCACCACACACACUAACCCGACCUGGUUUCUUCUAAAGAGUGUGUCCGCUUCCCCUCCCCUCGAUGAAGCGGUGCGAUGCCCUCUGAUUUCAUAUCCCUCCUUAGCUCGGAUCUCGACCUCAAUUCCCCCAAAUCUCUGUACUCCAAAGAGUCGGUAUAUGACCUCCUCCCUAAAGAGCUCCAGCUCCAGCCGUCGUCCACCCAGACCGAGCCAACCACCAUGAGCCAGAAGAGUGGGGGAGAGCCGGGACCUCCGCCAACUGCAGCCUUGGCCUCAGAUGCCAGCUCUUCCACCUCCAAUUCCGCCUCUUCCUCCCUGGCCAUGGGAGCGCCAUCCACUGGCCCCUCUACCUCGACCUCAGACCAUCUCAAGGUUACACAGCAUCUCCAGUCCACUGGAGGAGAAGGAGCUGGAGCUUCAGAGAUGCAAGGUGUGGAGGGUGCUGUAUCUGGCCCCAACAGAGGCGGCAGUGGGCCAAACAGUGCAUCAGGAGACAUAGGGUCAGGGCUAGGAGUCCAGCAGCCUCAGAACACCCCAUCCAAACGGAGGCCUGUGUUGAGCAUAUCCCCACCACCUGAGGACCUAUUUGACGACAGCCAGAUGUCUUGUCAAGAGGAGACUACUGUGUCUGCUCCAACAGGUCCAGACUCAGAACACAGCAGCAGCAUGUGGGCUGAUGACUCGGUCUCCAACUUCAGCUUGGUCAGCUCGGUCUCCUACAAUGACAACACAGAGGUGCCCCGCAAAUCCAGAAAGCGCACCCCUCGCCAGCGGCCUGGCCCAAAGCCAGCUAAUCCGGAGGACAGCAUGGAUGUGUUUGAUGCCGACAGCGCCAAGGCCCCUCACUUUGUGCUGUCCCAGCUUGGCACAGACAAGACCAGUGCAACAGGCAGCUCUCUUGAGCCAGGGACCGCAGUGAAGGGUGGGUCACUGUCGGCUCAGUUCCCCCAGAGGAGCGAUGGGAAGGACCUGAAGAUCCUGGUGCAGCCAGAGACCCAGCACAGAGCUCGCUAUCUGACCGAGGGCAGCAGAGGCUCCGUCAAAGACCGCACACAGCAGGGAUUCCCCACUGUCAAGUUGGAGGGUGUGAAUGAUCCAGUCGUGCUGCAGGUGUUUGUAGCAAAUGAUGCAGGCAGAGUGAAGCCUCACGGUUUCUACCAGGCGUGCAGAGUGACCGGACGCAACACCACUGCCUGCAAGGAAGUGGACAUAGAUGGCACCAUUGUUAUUGAGAUCCCUUUGGAGCCUAGCAGUGAUAUGACUCUUGCGGUGGACUGUGUAGGCAUUUUGAAGCUGCGUAAUGCAGAUGUGGAGGCCCGUAUUGGUGUUGCAGGAUCGAAGAAAAAGAGCACCCGUGCCCGGCUGGCUUUCAGGGUCUGCAUCCCCCAACCUGAUGGAUCUACCCUCACUCUACAGGUCCCUUCAUCGCCAAUCCUCUGCACCCAGCCAGCGGGAGUGCCAGAGAUCCUGAAGAAGAGUCUUCACAGCUGCUCAGUGAGAGGAGGAGAGGACGUUUUUAUCAUUGGAAAGAACUUCCUCAAAGGAACCAAAGUGAUUUUUCAGGAGAACAUUGCAGAUGAUAAUUCCUGGCAAGCCGAGGCAAAGAUUGACAUGGACCUUUUCCAUCAGAACCAUUUGAUAGUGACCGCUCCUCCGUUCCACAACCAGUCAAUCACUUCUCCAGUGUCUGUGGGAAUCUUUGUGAUGACCAAUGCUGGUAGAUCACAUGACGCCCAGCCCUUCACCUACACUCCAGACUCAGCUGAUAACUCCAAUGCCCGGACAGUAAAAACAGAGGGAUCCUCUCUACUCACAACGUGUAUGUUUGAUGGCCAGAUGAAAUCUAUGUCGUCUGAGCAAACCGACUGCUCUGGUCAGCCUUCCAAACGCCAAGAGGACACACCAAUGGAAGUGUCCAGCAAUCCACCACCCACGGAUGUCUUUAAGCCAUCCCCGGACCCUCUUGCCUCGGUGCAGCAGACCCUGGAGCUCAGCUCCAGUCCCCAUCCAGGAGGGGAGUCCUUUCAGAGUCCGAUGCCCCUACAACCUGAAGAUGUGGAGCUUCCCCAGGCACCCCCUGUGUUCCCCAGCCUAGAGUCGCUCAGUACUAUACAGAAGCAAGACAUUUCCCCCACAACCUCCUUCCCAGUGUCAGGAGACACCACAAUCCCUCCUGUGACACCAGACGUCCCUCAGCAAUUCCUCAGAGAUCCUCAGGACAACCUGCCUCCUGAGAAUUCCAACAAUAAUGGAGGGGUUGUUGUUGUUGCCAUGCCCCAAAUAUCAACUUCAUCUCAACCACAGCAACAACAGUCACAGGUUCCCAUGUUCCCCCAGGAAGAGGUGGCCCAGCUGGAGAGGGCAGUAAGGGAGCUACAAGCCGGAGGUAACACCACGCUCCAGCAGGUGUUUGAGGCGGCUGUAGCCCAGCAGCAACUAAACUCUGUGCUUUAUAGCCCCAACCCCUCUGCAGACUCUCUUCAACAGCACGUCCAAGAAAACAUGAACAGCCUUAGAUUAGGAAACACUGAUAAUUCGAUGUCUACACAGCAACAGCUACAGAUACAACAGCAACAGCAAAUGCAACAGCAGCAGCAGCAACAAAUGCAACAGCAGCAAAUGCAACAGCAGCAACAACAACAACAAAUACAGCAACAGUUUCAACAGCAUCAACAACUUCAACAACAGCAAAUCCUUGAUAACCUUCAGCAUCAACAUGAGCAACAACAUCUACAGCAGCAACAGCAAGUCCUUGGCAACAUGCAGAUGCAACAGCAACUGAUACUACAGCCACAGGACCAACAGCAACUGCAACAGCAGCAGCAGCUCAUUGAGAACAUUCAACAGCAGCAACAGUUGCAACAGAAUCAGCAACAGCAAGUCCUGAACAACAUCCAACUUCAGGAUCAGCAACAGCAAGUCCUUAACAACAUCCAACUUCAGGAUCAGCAACAGCAAGUCCUGAACAACAUCCAACUUCAGGAUCAGCAACAGCAAGUCCUGAACAAUAUCCAACUUCAGGAUCAGCAACAGCAAAAUCAAAUACUGACAAAUUUACAACAACAUCAGCUUCAACAGCAGCAGCAGCAGCUUCAACAGCAGCAGCAGCAGCAACAACAGCAAAAUCAAGCAUUGAGCAACUUACAACAGCAGCAGCAACUACAAGAGCAGCAGGUCUUGGAGAAUUUACAGCAGCAGCUUCAGGCUGAGUUGCUCCAGCCACAGAUUCACUCCACCACGCAAGGACAGCAGCCGGGGUCCCUCCUUCAACGGGCCGGAGACCUGCUCACCAUUCAGACCAGCUUCCCAACACAGCCUCCAUCCCACACAUCCCCCCCACAACAGCUCUUCCAAUCACCCAGGCCCCUUGGAGAGUCCCAGGGCUCUCAACAGCAGGUCCAGGCUGCCCUGCUCCAGAAUACACUGACUGUCCUGACGAGUGGCAGUCUCAACUCCGAGCAGCAGUCGACUGGCUCAGCACUUUACCUGUCCCCAAACCCUUCCCAGCAACAGCAGCAACCGCAGCUGGCGUUUAUCUCGUCCAUGAAGACAUCUACGAGCCAGCCCCAGUCUGUUACAAUGUUCCAGAACCAACCCCAAGCUCAACUUUCCCAAAUGCAGCAACAGAGCACCCCCAUGGAGGAGCAGCAGUCGGCACAGCAGAACCAGCAACAGCCACAACAGCUUCCAAUGGGCCAGCAGGGCUCUUUGUUCCAAAGUAUUCCAAACCACUCACAGGGUAACCCUGUCCCCCAGAACCAACUCUCCCAACCCCAGCAGACAGGUUUGCUCCUCUGCACGACAGAUCUAAACCCGCAGGCUAUUCCCCCAACUCUUCUCUUCAGCACCCAGACCCAAGGUCCUUCCCCCAUAGGGAGCAUCAGUGUUGGAAUCCCUCAGCCGGACCCAGCAGAGCCCAUGUCGUUCCAAGACCAGAGCUCUUCAGGCAACAACUCGACGUCCAAUGAGAACCAACAGCAGAGCUUAUUCCAGGAGCAGCAGCCAAUGCAAGUAGGCCCAAGCUCCAGCAGCAUCCCGAGCAGUCAAACUGUAGACCUGUUUCUACCGCAGACAUCUCUGUCUGGCCUGCAGAGCUCUAUAAGCUCACAGGAGCUAAACAACCAGGCUCCGGCCACUGGCACAACCAUCUUCGUCGUUCAAGGUGGUGUGGGCGUUGUCGCCAGCCCUGGACAGCAGCCACCAGAGCAGCUUUUCCAGACAAGUGGGAAUGUGGCUCCUCAAGGACAAACCAACCUGUUUGUGUUUGGCCUCCAGAACGACUCGCCACAGCUGCUCAAUUCCUCCGGACCCCCCCUGCCUGCUCAGAGCCAGCCCCAGAACUCCAGUCACAUGCAGACUCACUUGGAUCAGCCAAUGGCCCAGGCUGCCCCCCCAAUGCAAGCCCCCAUGCACAGCAGCCUACAGAACACUCUUCAGGCACAGAUGCAGUCCAGCUUAGAGAACGCCAUGCAGACCAGCCUACAAAAUGCGAUGCAGACAAACACACAAGCAGCCCUGCAGUCUGGUUUACAGGCAAACAUAGAAACAAGUUUGCCAACUCCAAUGCAGACCAAUCUACAGAUGCAGAUACAGAGCAGCUUACAGAAUCAAUUGCAGGCAUCAUUGUCUGUAUCAUCCAGCAUGGAUAAAAUCGAGGACCUCCUGGAAAGCCUACAGAAGUAGUGAUACAUAUUUGGACAAUGUGGUCUCUAAGGAGAGUGAGAGAUAUGUAGCUAGUUAUACAUCCUAACAUCAACACGGUGGCGGUGCAAGUGUUUUGUGCCAGUGCCACGAAAUGUAGAAAAUUAAAAUAUUUAAGAAUUAAAUGCCCCCUUUUCCCUUAAAACCAAAUUACGAGCUCAUGUAACCCAUUGUUUUUAUGAAAUAUUUAUCAUUCAUUACAGCUUCUCGUAGAUCCAUUCCCCCUGAAUCCGUGAGUCCGUCUUUGUUGUUACCCCUCUUGCAGGAUCAGAGAGGCCCGUAACGACAGCUUUACCUAUCAGUCUCAGAAAUGCAGUGUUUUGUUGUCAAGAGUGUUUUUAACAAUGUGAGCCUAAGAGAUGAUAUUGAUAAAGGUCUAUCAGGUUUUAGUGGGGAAACUGGAAAGGGAUAAAGAAUGUCGGUGAUGUUGAAAUGGGAAAUAGUAAUGUGAUGGAGACUAGGCUGUAAGAGCAGGCGGAGAAGAUAAAACAGUCAGCCAUGGAGUGGAUAUCACGUAGCGUGUAAGUGUCCAAUAUAGGCUGAAUCUCAUUUUGUGAGUGUGUAAACUAAUUCCACUCGGAGAGACAGUCGGGGGACAGUUGUGUUAGUCUGCCCGUCGUUUGUGGGACGGCAGCGAAACUGGGGGAAGACAACCUGGCACAAAAACAGGAGUGAAUAUCGUCCUUCUUUUGCAGUUAAUCAACCCCUCGUGUUUGCACAUCUCGACAGUUUGACUAAAUUAUAUAGAAGGAUCAAAGAUGGUUAGAUUACACAUACUUUCAUACAAUGUUUUGGGAGGACAGUUAAACUCUUCUCCUUAAGAAUUUCUCACUGCCUAAAAUGGCGUAUCAUUACAUAUUUAUACUGCAGGUGGUCCCCCCCGGCGUGUAGCAGAAGGAGGAGAGAAUAUUGAACACUCGCAGAUGAGAUUCAACCUAGUGAAUAAUGUGACUUGGCCUUUUGUGGCCUUUUAGGCACCUCCCAGUGUUUUCAUAUGUUUAGGCCUCAUCAGCUUUCUUGGUGAACUUUUAAGAAGCAUUGUAGUGUGUGUAUCUUUUUGUUUUAAAGAAGUUGGUAACUUUACCAAUCUAACGUGGAUAGAGCGAAACUUUCCACUAGUGAAAAUGGAGUGUUGUGUUUUUAUAAACAGUUUAUCUCAAGCACUUUAUAACCUCUUUUGUGUAACCAGCUAAUCCUUAUAUCCGUCCACAGCUCUCUACUGACCCAGCUGAAUUUGUACUCGGAAAACGUCCACUUAAAAAACAAAAAAAAUAAAAACAGAAAGCAGUUGUCUUGUAAAAGUAAAAUACAUCUUAACCAAACAUUUUUACAUUUUCUCAUGUCAGAAUAUUUUUGAGGUCUAGGACAACUUUGUAUAGAAUGUCUGCUCACUGUUGGAUCCCUUUUUUAUAUUCGGUCUCAGUGGUCCAGUCAAGUCUGUCAAAAAAAAAGCCAUUCCCACAAAAGCAUUGUCAUUUUUCAGUGUUGGCGUGGUGAGUAGGCCUUUGUGUUUAACACACUGACAAAACACCUGUGUGGUGAGAGCUGUUAGCUGAUUGGUCCUCACACUUCAAAGGCAGCGUCUUUGAGACUCAGAGACGAGAGACACCUGAGAGAAGCCGGACUAGGCUGAAAAGCUAGUCUCUGUUUCAUUCUGCUGUUGCUGGUCUCCGAACAGGCCUGUACAGUUUCCUCUUGUUCGGCUUUGCUCUCCGACUGAGGGAUGAGGCUGUGGAGACGACAUCAACCCGACGGAUCACCAGUGUCAUCGUCUUCUUCUCUGCUUUAGUGCCGAGCAGCGUCCCUUCCUUUCUGCUGCGGGAGAUCUGGCAACCCGCCGUGGACGAGAUCUUCUCGAAACGCAGCAGUGCACCUCACGAGCUGCUCCCGCCCUCUGAUCCAUGAGGCUUCCUAAGUGUUGAACCUACAAACUAACGACAAACACAAAGUGACUAGCUUUUCAGCCUAGUCCGGCUUCUCCCCAGUAUCUCUAGUCUCUGAUUCUCUGAGGUGUGAGGACUAAUCAGCUAACAGCUCUUGAUCCUCACCUCCACAACCUAAAACACUGAUUCAUUCAGAUUGUGCAUUGAAAUGAAGGAUUUUCAUUGUUAUGCUAUUUGUACUAUUUACUGUUCAGUCUGUCACUUGAGACUGUUCUACCUUGUGUUGUGUUAGAUAUUUAAGUUUUUGUCUGUGUUGGUACCGUGCGCAGGCUGGCACCAUGUGAAGUUGGCACCCAGUAGCCGUCCCUUGUGUUGUGAACAGGGGCUCACUGGUAAAUGAAAUCUCUGUUACAUAGAGGCCGCCAUGUUGUUUCUAUCUAUGGUGCUAUGUAUAGGAGUGAUGGGCACUUCUGAUGUGAUGUUAUUACGUAACCGUUUCUACUUAAAUCAAUAGCGUUGACAUCAAUUGUUAGUUGAGAAGCCGAGUUGAGUCCAGAGAGCUGGCUGUCGUUGUGGGGUCAGACUGGAGGUCAAACCAAAGCUCCUGUUGUGAAUCCUCAUCAUCUUGUCCCGUACUUGUCCUUUCGAAAUGCCCUCAUCUUCAUGUUUACUCAUUUUUACCUAAUCAUUUAACUUAUGCAGCUCUUACGUGGAUAGCAAUUCAGCAUGUUGUUUUGUUUUAAGCAAACAUUUAUAAAAAAGAUAUGUAAAGGUACUUUGUUUCAUGGAUCAUAUAAUUAACAUUUCAACCCAUGUUUUAUUUUUUUUCAUUUCUCAUGACAUUACUCUAUUUUUUGAUGCAAAGUAACACUGUAUUUUCCAUAUCGACAACAGUAGCCAAUUUGGCGUUAUCAAAAAAAGCCAAUUUUUAGAAUAAUUCUAAUGUUGGAGUAGCAUUGCUCACACAUGCAUCUGUUUACAUUUUCAUAGUCAAACUAUAUUGUCCUGCAGCUGUUAGUGAUCCAUUUUAAAGUAACUUAUCUUUUUUAGAAUUUUGUAUCCAUGUAUCAAAAUGUAGAGUAUUUUUGUAAAACUAAAGUUUUUGGUUUACGCUCAUAGCACAGAAUAUCAUUGCUGGUAUGUUAUCCUGAAACUAAGCGCAGGUUUAUUGUGAAGUGUAUGACUGAAAUUAGAAAUGUACUUAAGUGGACAUCAAGCAAAUUUGUUCGAAGUUUAUUUGACUGUCCUAACAUUGACUUUACCCAAUUUGUACAAUGUGAUAAAUGGGCUAGGUUCCUCGUGUUUAUUUUUAAUGUCAUGCAUCUCAAAUGGCACUUUGACUCAUCCAUUAACUGUAGAUCAGGUUAGAGCGCAGUAGUGAUGUUUCCAAGCAUUCCAUUCCUCUUGGGUUAGGGGAGUUAAAGAGCACAUAACGUUGCAGAGGAAGUGCAGAACAGUAACAGCCUCUAAAAGCCAUACCCACACAGAACCUGUGACUUCAGUUUCAUGAAUGUAAAAUUUACCUCAUGGUGUGGACACAGCUCGCUCUCUACAUCAAACCAUUGGACCAAUUACAGUUUCAGAGAGCAUAUAUUCGGAGGCAGAAGGGGGGGUCGGGUGGCGUGGCAUCAGAUGUUAUUCGUGUCACCGUACAUUUGUCGGAUUGUUGUGUCUUGGAUUGUGGUGUAAUGUCGUGUUGUUUCGCACCCUGUCCUUCAUCGUGAGCAAUCCAGGAAGCUCAGUCCGACUCUUGGAAGAGCCACGUCCACGGGAAGCAUCCGGUCAACAGUGGCGAAGACAGCACACAAAUCUCGACACAAUAUCAUUUUGUCCGUCAGUCAUGUAAAUGAAUAUCCAUGUAUAUUUAAAUGUGAAAUAUACUGCAGGGGUAUCUUGAAUCUCAAUUGUGAUGCUUUCAACAGAACUUUGUGUGCCUUGAUAACUUAUCCGUUACUCUGCUGUGUUCACUGAUGUCCCUUUUGUGUCCCCGCUGUUUGGCACCUUGUCCUUUUUACUCCCGAGGACUGUUUAACAUCAGGAUACUUUUCAGUGAUAGACGUUUUAUUUCAACGACACAAGCGCAACCAUAGCCCAUACCAAUAUAUUUUAGCGAUAACAUUUUCACCCUGGAAAUCCAAUGCAAGAUCGCAAAAUGAGAACUCUCGACGUGAUGUUGUGCAGCUUCACCGGUGAAUUGUCAUCCUGUUCAUUAUUUUCUGUUGAAAAUGUUUUUUCCAUGCCUCAUGAGAUUUGUAGCUGUGAGGUAAAAGGGACGAGAGCGUGGAGAUUGUUUUACGGAGAGCUUUUCUUGUACUGAUGUGCUUGUCAACAUUACUAUUGUUGCUGUGAACUGCUUGAUCAAAUGGAGCAACCAUGAUAACCGUUACUUGCCAAUAGUGUGAGCUGUAUCUUGUGUGUAAUCAGUUUGCUCACGUUUCCUAGUUCGCUUUCAAUUUCACAUUCUCCAACAGUUCUGUUGUAUCCGUUCUGUGUAGCUUGAGCUUUAGUAUCUAGCCUUAAGACCCUGCAGUAGGGAUAAAGGUCAACCCCAGUGUGUUAUCAUACAUCUGAACUAUUAUUAACAUGUACUUUGCCUUGGUCUGGACAUUUGUAUACUCUUCUGUUUAUAUCUGUAAUCCUGCUGCUACAUUAAAUGAAUUAAUAAAAA